AUGAGUGCCCCCCUGUCCCCCAAUGGAAGCACUACCUCCAGCGUUAUAUCGUCUGAGGAUUCCUCAUCAAACAUAUCCGGCUAUACGGGACCGGGUGUCCGGCAUACGCAACACUAUUCACUGCCAUCACCACAACUGGCCUCCACCUCACAAACCAACCAAUUGGUGGCCAAUCACCUCAACAACAGACAGAUCAAAGUGUGCAGAGUUUGCGGCGAUCGGGCCAAGAGUUAUCACUUUGGCGGCAUAUCGUGCGACAGCUGUAAAGCCUUUUUCCGGCGAAGUGUCCAAAACGACGCCUUCCGUAACUUUCACUGUCCGUACGACAGACACUGCGAUAUCACUAUUAACUCCAGAAAGUCGUGUCAAUUCUGCAGGUUCAACAAAUGUCUGUCCAUCGGUAUGGAGAAGUCAUGGGUGAUGACCGAAGAGGAAAGGAUGCAAAUGCUUAAGAAUCGCAUCGAAAAACGCAAACUCGAUGAGUCGGACGGUAUGUGCGCCCCUCCAGAGGCCAAACAGCACAUCAACAACUAUAGCCCCAACACAUCCAAUGACCGCAAAUACGAUACGAUCACCAAAUACGAGCCAAACAUCACUGAAAUCAACACUUAUUUAACAAAAGAUGAGGUGAAACUAAUCGAGAAUAUAAUGAAUCAAAUCCGGAAGUGUUCGCAAGAAAUCUCAUUCACAAUCAGCGGCGCCGACACGAGCGCAUCCACCGACCAGAGGGCGCCCAUCGAUAUCCUGCAGAUAUUCUUCACGGCUAUCCAACAGUUCGCGCUAUUCGUCCACUCAUUCGUCUCGUUGGCCGCCAUUCCCACCCAAGACAAGCAGGUGCUGCUGAAGGGCGGUGUACUGGAGCUGUGUUUCCUGAGGGGUGCCUUCAGUUACGACAUGAGGGGUAAGCACUGGCGGUACGACGAACAGAGGCCGGCCGGUGUCAUCUACUCCGACGACCUACAGGUCAUGCUCUCGAAAGAUCUGCUCGAAAAACACAUGCAAUUCAUUAAAACGAUUAAACGCUUGCGAAUGGAUGAGCCCACGUAUAUCCUACUCUCCCUGGUCAUACUGCUCACACCCGACAGGGAGGGCCUCACCAGCGCACAGUUAGUGCAAAGGGAACAGGAGAAGUACCUGUUGCUGCUCAAGGCGUACAUGUCGUGGAGGUACGGCCCCCGAGUAUCGGCCCUACUGUACCCCAAAUUGUUACUCAAAUUAGCGGACUUACGGGAGUUGGCAGACGCGCAUACCGACUACGCUCUGUUGUUAGGGCACCGGGAGUUGCAACAAAUACAGCACAAACUCACGGCUCUUAACAUCGGCGCCAGUAAUCGCGUCGACAGCCCAACAACUGACCCCCUGUUAUGCGAUACGCCGGUCAGCGCCAGAGCCGCGCCCCCAAUGACCGGGCAGUCGCCACCGGCAGAAGAACAGAGGCCGGCCGGUGUCAUCUACUCCGACGACCUACAGGUCAUGCUCUCGAAAGAUCUGCUCGAAAAACACAUGCAAUUCAUUAAAACGAUUAAACGCUUGCGAAUGGAUGAGCCCACGUAUAUCUUACUGUCCCUGGUCAUACUGCUCACACCCGACAGGGAGGGCCUCACCAGCGCACAGUUAGUGCAAAGGGAACAGGAGAAGUACCUGUUGCUGCUCAAGGCGUACAUGUCGUGGAGAUACGGCCCCCGAGUAUCGGCCCUACUGUACCCCAAAUUGUUACUCAAAUUAGCGGACUUACGGGAGUUGGCCGACGCGCAUACCGACUACGCUCUGUUGUUAGGGCACCGGGAGUUGCAACAAAUACAGCACAAACUCACAGCUCUUAACAUCGGCGCCAGUAAUCGCGUCGACAGCCCAACAACUGACCCCCUGUUAUGCGAUAACGGCCAGUCGCGGUCUCGGCGCGGGGGUUACUGGCCCGUCAGCGGUGGCCGUCUCACCUGCUAUCCGCUGAGAAGAUGGUAUCAGUCGAUAUCCGCGACCACUCGUGCCAUCGCUUCACACGAUUACACAACUGUUAAGACCUUUUUGGAUGACACCAAAUCAGACACCACUCAACUGAUCGCCAAUGAGUACAAAGAGGUGUCUGAGGCCGAGAACAGUCCGGUGUCUGAAAGGGCUUACCUCUCAUUCGACACCAACUCUGUGGACAGCAGUAAGACAUUGACGGCCAGUCAUAACCCGACGAACAACGAGUGCAACGAAUCGGUUGACAAUAACACCACUAAUGAUGAUAUGAUUGGCAACAAUACCAGUGCUAAGAGUGACACGAUUUUGGACGCGAAAUGCGAGGCCAGGAGUGCGACGACUGGCGGCCGACAGACACCGACUUCGCCGCAGACGUCGCCGGAGCCGCGGAUGAGUCACAGAAGUGGUCACAACUUCUUCACACUUCCGCGACUGUUGUCCGGAAGGCGUAAACGAUCGAAACGAAAGAGUAUUGUGAUGUCGACCGAGUCAUCGGUGGUCACGUCGUCCAUACGCGAGGAACAGUCCCCGGAAACUGAGUCCAUCGGACACGUGUCGGCCCACACGACGGCCACCACUAACUACGGAAGCGAUGGCCGACCGGAAAGUCCUAUUUAUGUGAAGGAGAGCUUCUUCAUGCGACUCAUGAGGCACUUGGCGUCACCCGUUCACGGAGGGGGAGGGGGUGGCGGUCGGCCAGGGGUGCACUCGAACCGCAAUUCCUAC